AUGGCGGCAGCCAAUCAGCGGCGAGGGCGGGCGCGAGGGGUGACGUCAGUCGUGGCGCGCUCUGUGUGUGUGUUCGACCCCCACCCCCGGCGACGUGUCCCCAGAGCCCCCCCGGCCCCGCUGCCGCUGUCCGAGGCGCUGCUGGGCUCUGACGAGGGGGAGCAGGAGGACCCCCGGGAUUACUGCAAAGGCGGGUACUACCCGGUGCGGAUCGGGGACCUGUUCCACGGGCGCUACCACGUGGUGCGAAAGCUGGGCUGGGGACACUUCUCCACCGUGUGGCUCUGCUGGGACCUCCGGAGGAAGCGGUUCGUGGCGCUGAAGGUGGUGAAGAGCGCGCCGCAGUACACGGAGACGGCGCUGGACGAGAUCAAGCUGCUGAAAUGUGUCCGGGACUCGGAUCCCAGCGACCCCAACCGCGAGAACAUCGUGCAGCUCAUCGACGACUUCAAGAUCUCGGGGGUCAACGGCGUCCAUGUGUGCAUGGUGCUGGAGGUGCUGGGCCACCAACUCCUGCGCUGGAUCAUCAAGUCCAACUACCAGGGGCUGCCCCUGCCCUGCGUCAAGAGCAUCGUGCGCCAGGUCCUGGAAGGUCUGGACUACCUGCACACCAAGUGCAAGAUCAUCCACACCGACAUCAAGCCUGAGAACGUCCUGCUGUGCGUUGGGGAGCCCUUUGUGAGGCAGCUGGCGGCCGAGGCAGCGUGCUGGGCACGGGGGGGUGGCCCCCCCAGGAGUACAGAGACCCGCCCCCAGGAGCAGCUGUCGCGGGCGCAGCGGCGGCGGCGGCGAGCGGCAGGCAGCGGCGGCAGCGGCAGCUCCUGGCCCAGCGCCUGCAGGGACCUGGGCGGCAGCGAGACACGGGGGGUCCCCGGCGACCCCCAGCGGUGCCGGUCGGGAGGGCUCGAGGCCCCCCCGGACCCCCUGGAGGAAGGGGGGGGGAGCCCCCCCAGCGGGGCCUCCUCCUCGGGGGUCCACACGCUGCCGGCCGGGGGCUCCAGCGACGGCUUCUCGGGGGGCUCCUGCGCCUCCAGGGGCCCCCCCCGGCGCCCCCUCAGCCCCAGCUCGGCCUCCGACUCCCUCUUCACCCCCACCUCCAGCUCCCUCAUCUCGGGGGGCUCCGAGGGGCUCCCCACCCCCCUCGGGGGCAGGAGAACCUCCUGGACCCCCGCUCGGCCCCCGGCUGCGCUGGCCAAGAUCGCCGACCUGGGCAACGGCUGCUGGGUGCACAAACACUUCACUGAGGACAUCCAGACUCGGCAGUACCGGGCGCUGGAGGUGCUGCUGGGGGCAGGGUACGGCCCCCCCGCCGACAUCUGGAGCACGGCCUGCAUGGCCUUCGAGUUGGCAACGGGGGAUUACCUGUUCGAGCCACACUCGGGAGGAAGGAGGCACAGCAGGGACGAGGACCACAUCGCCCACGUGAUCGAGCUGCUGGACAUCCUGCGGCACGUGGCCCUGGGGGAGAUAUUCCCGGAAUUCUUCAACCGCAGAGGUGAGCUGCGGCACAUCCGGCACCUGCGGCCAUGGGGGCUGCGGGCGGUGCUGCAGGAGAAGUACGAGUGGCCCCGCGGCCCCGCCGCCGCCUUCGCCCGCUUCCUGCGGCCCAUGCUGGCCUUCGAGCCCGCCCGCAGGGCCACGGCCCACCAGUGCCUGCAGCACCCCUGGCUGCGCCCCUGAGCCUGCCUGGGGGGCCUGCAGGACCCCUGGCUGCGACCCUGAGCCCACCCGUGGGGCCUUCAAGACCCCUGAGCCCACCCAUGGGAUCACCAUCACCCACCAGUGCCUGCAGCACCCCUGAGCCCACCCAUGGGAUCACCAUCACCCACCAGUGCCUGCAGCACCCCUGGCUGCACCCCUGAGCCCACCUGGGGGGCCUGCAGCACCCCUGACCCCACCCAUGGGAUCACCAUCACCCACCAGUGCCUGCAGCACCCCUGGCUGCGCCCCUGAGCCCACCCAGGGCCUGCAGGACCCCUGACCCCACACACAGGGGCCACCAUCACCCACCAGUGCCUGCAGCACCCCUGAGCCCACCCAUGGGAUCACCACCACCCACCAGUGCCUGCAGCACCCCUGGCUGCGCCCCUGAG